ACAGGCCCCGCCCACGAGGUGCGCCGGCGCGGUGCGAGCUCACCGACCGAGUCGAGCCAUGGCGCAGGCGGGUCCUCCAGAAGUGAUCCGGGCGGCGCAGAAGGACGAGUACUACCUGGGAGGCCUGCGGAGCGCGGCGGGUGGAGCGCUGCACAGCCUAGCGGGUGCAAAGAAAUGGCUGGAAUGGAGGAAAGAGAUCGAGUUGCUCUCAGACAUAGCCUACUUUGGCCUCACCACAAUUGCAGGCUACCAGACACUUGGAGAGGAGUACGUCGGGAUCAUCCAAGUGGACCCAUCCCGGCAGCGUGUGCCCUCCAGGCUCCGACGUGGAGUGCUGGUUGCCCUGCAUGCUGUCUUGCCCUACCUGUUAGACAAGGCACUGCUGCCCCUGGAGCAGGAGCUGCAAGCUGAUGGCGACGGCACCCGGGCCUCACAGGGCAGUCUGCUACCCGGAGGACGCAGCCGGUCAGGGGCACGGCGCUGGGUGCGUCACCACGCAGCUACCCUGACUGAACAACAGAGGAGGGCCCUCCAGCGGGCAGUCUUUAUCCUGAGACAAGGCUUCGCCUGCCUCCAUCGGCUCCAUGUGGCUUGGUUUUAUAUCCAUGGUACCUUCUACCACCUAGCCAAGAGACUGGCAGGGAUCACUUAUGUAACAGACAGAGGCCAGGUCCUACGGGAUCCUUAUGGCCAAGCUCACCUGUCUUAACAGCUCCGCACUCGCCGCCUGCCUGGAGAGGACCUGAGGGCUCGCACUAGCUACCGACUGCUGGGGCUCAUCUCCCUGCUGCAUCUGGCAUUGUCACUGGGGCUGCAGUUGUACAGCUUCAGGCAGAAGCAGCGAGCCAGGAAGGAGUGGAGGCUGCACCGAAAUCUGUCCCACCGCAGGAGUUCCCUUGAGGACAGAGCAGUGUGCAGAGCCCCACUCUGCACCCUGUGCUUGGAGGAGCGAAGACACUCCACAGCCACACCUUGUGGCCAUCUCUUCUGCUGGGAGUGCAUUACCGAGUGGUGCAACACCAAGACAGAGUGUCCCCUAUGCCGGGAGAAGUUCCCACCCCAGAAGCUGGUCUACCUGAGGCACUACCGCUGACGGCUCUAAGAAGUGAAUGGAAGCCCAUGGACAAGUUUCUCAGAACUGUGGCUGCACAGAAACAUAAAACCUCCACACUGCUCUUUUGUCACAUAAGCUACUACAGUUACCUGGAAAGAAAGGGUGUCAGGCGCAAGUGGGGAAAACUCAAUUUGGGGGUAGGAGAGUUUGUUGCACGUAAUCUAUGGCUUCUUCAGUCUCUGGAGAUAGUGGACUCCCCCUCCCUUCCCAAGCCACACAGCUGAGAACUGCUUCAGGUCCGGGUGUUUGACUCAGGUCUGUAAAGAGGCGGCCACCAUUGGGCUGUGAGAGGCAUAGCUCAGGUUAGGCUGGAAGCGAAGUGUAGAACUCUGGGCUUACCGCCGUCAGUACCCCUCCUAAAACACCACGUGCUUAAUCCAUGUUGCCAACUCCGUAAGGAAAUGAAGGGCUGGGCUGGACAGAUGGCUCAGAGGCUGAGCACUGGAUGUUCUUCCAGAGGCCCUGAGUUCAAUUCCCAGCAACCAUCUAUUCUGGAAUCUGAUGCCCUUUCUGACAGAACACUAUAAUAUAUAACAAAUAAACCUUUACAAAAGGUACAACUUGAAGGUCUUCAUCUCCCGAGCUGCACAUUUUUACAACUGUAUUAGGCUGCACACAGGCCACUGCACGUGUAUGGAGAUCAGAGAACUUGCAGGAGUCAGUUCUUUGUACCAUGUAUUUCAGGGAUCAAAUUCCGGUCGGGCUGGGCAGCAAGCAAGCAACUUUACUUGUUGAACAUCUCGCCAACCAGGCAGAGUUGACUUGGGUGUUUUCUCCUGUAAACCAACAUCCAUGCAUCCUCAGAUAGCUGCUGCUCUCAGGGGAAGUUAAGUGAGCCAUGUCUGCUUGAAGGCCAGAUAAACAAGUGACCAGCCUACUCAAUGUCACUGCCGAAUCCAGCUCCCUCUUGGCUUGUCCCUAGCUUGUUUCUUGCCUCCAUUUGACAUUUCCAAGCCUUUAAAAUCAAUUCAGGUCAGAGACAGCCUAAGUAGAGACUAAUUCCAUAAAAAAGGCACAUUAAGCACAGAUGCUCUACCUGGGUGGUGGCCCACACCUUCGGUCUCAGCACAUAGGAGGCAAAAAAUGCAGAUCUCAGGGAGUUGAGGCCAGAGGCCAGCCUGGUCUACAGAGUGAGUUUCAGCACAGCCAGGGUCACACAGAGAAACCCUGUCUUAAAAAUUAAAAACAACAAACACAAAAAACCCCAGGAGAUCUAGAUCUAGACUUCGUAAGACAGUGUGAAGACAACUUGACAGAACCUUUGGUCUACAAGCAGUGAGUAGGACUGAAGCCCAGCCACCAGUGCUAUCUGAUGCCACCAGGUUCCUUGUGAAGGUCCCCUUACCAAGAGCAGGACCCAUUCCUCUAGGUGGGACAGGGGACCAGAACUGACAAAAGGUAGCUUCAGGGAGCCUAUGGGAAGACAAAGUCUUUGGGAACCUGGAACACAGCUACAGAUAUCCGGCAGUACCCCGAUUGGGACUCACUCUGCUCUGACCAGGUAGAGCCAACUUAAUUUUCCAGCACACCGGGAGUCUAGUCAGCGAUGAGGAAAACAGUGUAGGGAAUGUAAACAAAACAUCCAGCGUGUGAGCUCCAAGUGCUCACAUGGUUAAAAACAAACUCACUUAGAACAUUAGAAAAUGACAGGUUGGGGUUUCAAAAUGUGACAUCUAAAAGGAGCAUCAGAGUGUCCACAAAAGGAAACCCAGGCAGCUGACUUACUCAGUCUAACACCAUAGGACGGAUGAGAAACACUUGAGUGGGGUUCUGAAUAGGUCACAACCUGGGAUUGAAGAGCCUGUUUGUACUUGACAGCCUCUGUCCUUCCUGUACCUGUGGUGUCUGCUGCCCUGGUGCUAACUGGCCCAGUGGUUCCCUUGCAAUAGUUGUGGAAAGCAAGCUGUGCUUCAGUGAAGUGACUCGUGGUGUAGACGAAGACUACACAAGCAAGGGACACUUUCUUUAAUAAAGUUGGGAUUUAAAAGUCA